CCAACUCAUUGAUGUGAUAAACGCGGAUAGGGGGCGUAUUUUUUAACCAUUCCAAAUAUUUCUUACGCCGGGUUCAGUCGGUUUUGAGCUGUGAUAUUCUAUGAAAAUUAGUCAAUAUUAAACUCAAGCAUGCAUUUAUUGUACCUAUUCAGUGUUUUAUUAUUUGUUUGCUAUGUAAAUUGUCACGAGGAAGACGUGCAUACGAUUCAGUAUACCACUGAUAAUUUUUCUGAUGAAGUACCAAAGAAAAACCAUUUCGUCAUGUUCUACGCACCAUGGUGUGGUCAUUGCAAAAAAUUGGGACCCACCUGGGAGCAGUUGGCUGAAAUGCUCAAUGAGGAUGAUAGCAACAUAAAAAUUGCAAAAGUGGAUUGUACAACAGACCACAAAGUUUGCUCAGAUCAGGAUGUAACUGGUUAUCCCACUCUUAAGUUCUUCAAAGUGGGUGACUCUGAAGGUGUCAAAUUCAGGGGCACCAGAGAUCUUCCUUCAUUAACUACUUUCAUCAAUGAACAAUUAAGAGAGGGUGAUGAAGAACAGACUGCCGAUGUUGGUACCCCACAACCCGUAAACGGUUUGACCGAAUUGACUGAAGAAAACUUCGACGCUCACGUUGGCAAAGGAAAGCAUUUCGUUAAGUUCUAUGCCCCAUGGUGCGGACACUGUCAAAAUUUGGCCCCCACUUGGGAGGCUCUCGCCAAGUCCUUGGAAUUUGAGGAGGACGUUACCAUUGCCAAAGUUGAUUGCACCCAAAACAGGGAGGUGUGCAACCGUUAUGAAGUUAAAGGAUAUCCAACUCUUUUAUGGAUUGAGGAUGGCAAGAAGAUUGAAAAAUACCAAGGCCAACGCACCCACGAAGAUCUAAAGGCUUACGUAAAUCGUUUGAUGGGCUCAAGCGGAGGUAAUGAGGUAGAUUCUGAAGAUGAAAAACCGGAAACGACCGGCGAAGCUGUUGGUGAACUAACAGGUGCUACUUUCACUCAUGGUAUUGAAAAAGGAGUGACUUUUGUUAAAUUUUUCGCACCCUGGUGUGGACAUUGUAAACGAUUGGCGCCCACUUGGGAAGAUUUAGGUAGGAAGUUCAUUGGCGAUGAACGCGUAAAAAUUAUCAAAGUUGACUGCACGUUAGAAGCUAACAAGGAAUUGUGCAAUAACCAAGAGGUUGAAGGUUUUCCUACAAUUUUCUUGUAUCAAGAUGGUAAGAAGAUUUCAGAGUACAGUGGUAGCAGAACGUUAGAAGAUUUACAUGACUUUGUAAUUAAACAUACAACCAGUCAUGAUGAAUUGUAAAUUUUGUUGGGCUUCAAACAUUUUGGUCGGUAAAUUAUCGGUCAAUAAAGAAAGAGUUUUAGUAAUAGUAAAUUCAAUAGUGUUGAUGACCAUUUUGUAAUUGUGUGAUUUUAUUUCUUUUUUAGUGUAAUGUCCCAUUCCUUUAUUACUUUAUACCAAAUAAAUGAUUUUAUACUAA